AGCUGAGAGAAGGAGUUGCGCCGCCCCGGCUCAGUCCAGCAGAUAAAAGCUCAGAUAGUGAUUGAAAGUGAUGGUGAAAAGGAUUUAGCCUGGGCAUUAACUGAGAGUGAGAGACAGAGGGGGAAAGAGAGAUAUAGAGUGCGUAGGCCUAUGCGAGAGAGAGAGAGAGAGAGAGAGAGAGAGAGAGAGAGAGAGAGAGAGAGAGAGAGAGAGGGGGGGGGGGGUGAGAGAGAGGGAGAUUUUCCAUAAAUGUUUUAUUUAUUUAUUUCUGCCCUUGAGCAUCCCGGGUAAACCCGAGCUGGUAAAACAGGAGGAGGAUAAGGGCGGGCACAACCCCUUCCUCAAAGUCAAUAUUUUUACUUUUGAUACUCCUUCACUUUGGAAUUCACGCGCUCCCCUUCGCCGUUUCAGAUCUAGGACACCGAUCUACAGUGCCGCCAUCCUCGGUGUAAUAAAAAAGUAACCGACAGAGGAGCAAACAAAUAGCGAGAUCGCGUACCGAUAACGGGAGUACAGUACUAGGCUACACCUCGACGGAAGACCGGUACAGUGGAUGAAUUUGUGGGCUUAUGUCAGCAAAAUGUUCGUUUGACGGGACACGUAUAAGCUCGCCCGGAUGGACAUUAAAAGACAAUCACAGAAGCAGCAGCCGUGCGCCACGUUCAAUGGAUGUACAUAAAGAAUCCGUAACCUCUCAGUCAUCCUCACCAGACAGUUGUCCUCGGUCGCAGCAGGAAAAGGGUCAUUGUGGUCUGCCUCUGGAUCUGUGUUGAUAGCCUACCUAAACAACCUCCAGCUCUGUCACGAGCAGCAUUAUGGUUGAAGUUGACGUGUGCUCUCUCUGUAACUUUAUACUACCCCACAUCCAUCACCCGUCACUCCUUUCUACGUCGACCGUCAAAACAAGAAAGUGUUACGUAUUUUGGAAGCCGUGAAUAUUUGUCGAGGAAAGCUAGGUAUAGUAGGUCCUACGUUGACAUUGUAUUCGGUGAGAUCUUUUCCUUUAUUCAAGACGACUUUCUCACGUUCUCAAUUUCUGACCACCUUUCUCGGCAGAGCGCGAGGACGCACGUUGGAAACAGUCGAAUUCAAUCUAUGUGUGCACAUGAUCACACCUCGCGUUCCACGCUCUUCACCCCUACUCUGACUACCGUGGCCCCCCUCGCCAUUCUCCGUACCCCUCUUGGACCACUCCCGUGGCUCCCCCGCCUGUCAUGCUCCGCCUGGUCGUGUUGCUGCUGCAGUGCUUCGCCGUGACGCUGGGCCAGUACGACCUGUGCAAGUCCCUGGUGAGCACGGACGAUGGUGCGGUGUGGGAACAAUACGCAUGUCACCCUAAAACGGACAGCAUGAAGGACUACAUGCGGAUCAAGGUGGAACCGCCGGGAAUCACCUGCGGAAACCCACCGGAGAGGUUCUGCACGCUGGAGAACCCCUACCUCUGCAGCGACGAGUGUGACGCCUCCAACCCCGACCUGGCCCACCCCCCUCAGCUGAUGCAGGACCGAGAGCGCGGCGGCCUCAUCACCUACUGGCAGACGGUCACAUGGUCGCGCUACCCUGAGCCCCUAUUGGCCAACAUCUCCCUGUCCUGGAACAAGAGCCUGGAGCUGAGCGACGACGUCCAGAUCACCUUCGAGUACGGCCGGCCCACCAUCAUGGUCCUGGACAAGUCCAUGGACAACGGUCGCUCCUGGCAACCGUUCCAGUUCUACGCGGACGACUGCCAGGAAGCCUUCAACAUGCAGCCCAAGCGGGUCGCGGACCUGACGGCCGCCAACAUCACCCGGGUCAUCUGCACGGAGGAGUACUCGCGCUGGGUGGGCUCCAAGAACGAGAAGAACGUCCGGUUCGAGGUGCGGGGCCGCUUCGCCGUGUUCGCCGGCUCCCGGCUGCAGAACAUGGACAACCUGUACACCCGGAUGGAGAGCAUGAAAGGACUGAAGGACUUCUUCACCUUCACCAACCUGCGCCUCAGGCUGCUGAAGCCGUCCCUGGGGGGGACCUACGUGCAGAGGGACAACCUGCUGAGAUACUUCUACGCCAUCUCCAACAUCGAGGUGCAGGCACGGUGUAAGUGUAACCUGCACGCCUCGCUGUGCCUGCUGCAGGAUGGGAACCUGCAGUGCCAGUGUGAACACAACACCACGGGCCAGGACUGCCAGCGCUGCAAGAGAGGCUACAAGGCCAAGUCCUGGAAAGCUGGCUCCUACAUGCCCACGCCCAACGGAUCCCCAAAUGAAUGUGCAAUCGCUGGGUCCUCCUCCGGUUCUAACUGUGAGUGUUACGGCCACUCUAACCGCUGUAGCUACAUCGACUACCUGAACAUUGUGACGUGUGUGAGCUGCAAGCACAACACCCGGGGCCAGAACUGCCAGCACUGCAGGGUGGGCUACUUCCGAAACGCCUCCGCCGAGCUGGAUGACGAAGGAGUCUGCAUCGAGUGCAACUGUAAUCAGAUGGGCUCGGUCCAUGACCGCUGUAACGGUACUGGGUUUUGCCAGUGCAAAGAAGGCGCCACCGGCCUCAAGUGUGACGACUGUCUCCCCGGGUACUACUGGAAACAAGGGUGUUACCCCAACGUGUGUGACGAGGAGAUGCGUUUAUGUCAGAACGGAGGGACCUGCUACCAGAACCAAAAGUGUAUCUGCACUCCGGACUUCAAGGGGUUGCUGUGCCAACAGUCCCGCUGCGAGGGGGGCAAAGACUGCAGCUCGGCCUGGACCCCCCACCUCCCGCUGGCCUCCAUGCUCCUCUGCAUCCUGCUCCCCUACCUACUGGCCAUAGUAACUGCACACUGAUCCUCCCCCCACGACCCCCGGAGCCAGGGGUGGGGUGUGUGUGUGUUUUUCUGUGUGUGUGUGUGUGUGUGUGUGUGUGUGUAGGGAACGGGCAACCCACAGCACGCUAGCUGACCAACGGACCCUUUGAACACACUUGAGUAGAAUUGAUACACACGCGUGAACACGCGAAUGCACACACCUCACUGGACUGUUAUUGGACUGGAGCGGUCCUGUGUUUGUGUGUGUGUUAUGGGGAGAGAGAAGAGAGAAAGAGAAUGGGAGUAUAAUAAGCAGAAUCAGACAACUAAUCAGUGUCUCUUUCGAUAUCCAGUACAUCUCUCUCCCUUUGUAAACGAGCUGGAGCAACCUCAUACCAAAAACAAACAAAAGAGAACACUUUAGUCACUGCUGUUCACUACAGAGAAGGGAGGGAUGUGUGGUAGGAAGAAACAUGAAGACGUUUUGUUUUCCUCUUUUGUUAUUGGUCGGGUCAAACGCCCCUCGGUGUGCGCACUGCUCUUUCUUUUGUGUGAUUGGAUGGAGGAGGAGGGAGAGGGUCUUGAGGAGGCUUACCUGUGGGUUAUAUGGAAUGGGGGGGGGGGGGGGAGGUGGAGUUUGAGUUUUGGGAGGGGCAUCCGCUAUUGAGGCCUACAUAGAAUAAUGUCAAAUCAGGUUUCAUUUUUCUUCAAAAAAUGAGACUUAUUUUCACCUUUUCCUUUUCUGCUGCAUUUUUUAUGAUUAUCUUCUGUCAAUGUAUCUUAUGUGCCCACUAACUGAUGCUGAGAUUCUACCUAUUAUUAUACUCUUCAGGUUAUGAAUAAUACAAUUUUAGUCACUAUUAUGGUCAUCAUAGGAAUGAGUGAUUGUUGCCACACUUAGCGAGAUUUAAUCCACACAGUAUUCAGGAAAAAACAGAAUUUUAACUUCAUCAGAAAUCUAAAAAGAGAGUAAAAGAUAUAUCAAAGUAUCGAUAUUAUAUGACAUUAUUUGAAUAUUUUUUGUAGAGAUUAUUUUUGUUUGGAGUUAUAAUAAAUGAGCUAUUACAAAUCAGCAUUUUAUUACACUGUAACACCUACAGUAAAUGUGACUGUUAUUUGUUCUUGCUCGUAUGUUAUUGAGUCACUCAGUUUCUCAAGAAAAAGCAUUGUCAUUAUUGUGUUAUCAAGGGUAGCCAACACUUGCUAAUUAAGAGUGGAGUGUCUGAUGAGAGCUGUAACACCACCUCGUUCACCGCUACUGUAUUUGAUUUAAGCUGAAAGUGUGAAGGAGCUUUAAGUAAACAAUAUCUACGAACCUUGACGGCUCCAAACCUGAGACAACUGCUGUUCCUGGGACGCCAACCUCCCCUGUGGAAACCAAGCUUGGCUGUAAACGGUGGUCUUGAUUAGGCUACCCCUUAUAGGCGUCGAAACCACAUCGUUCACAGCAACGGUUUUAAAUAAAAAAUCAAUACCAUAAUAAAACAA